AUGAAUUCCUACCACCAACAAUUUAUGAAAAAGUUGAAGGAAUCUAACGACCAAUUAGAAAAUACCACAAAGAAAUUGUUGGAACAACAAAAGAGUCAGCUGAAUGAUCUCUUCAAGAUGAGAGAUCUUUUGCUCAAUGUUCAUAAAUCCAAAGUAAAUAAGACCACCAAUGAUUCACUGGAAAAGAUGGAAAAAAUCAUCAAUACAGAAGAAGAAAAUCCUAAACCAAUUGUAGUUGCCUUCCUUGGUAAUGCAGGUGUUGGUAAAAGUAGUUUCAUCAAUGAUAUGAUUGGUGGUCAACUAUUACCAAGUUCUUCUGGAAGAAUACAUGUAACAAAGGCCCUAUGUCACUUGAGCUAUUCAAACAACAUUACAAUGGAACCAGUUUUAUGUUCAGAAGAUGAAGUGAAGGAAAGAUGUGCUGAAACUCACUAUGACUAUGGUUCUAUCAAGCCAGUUAGCAUUGUUUCCAAGGUUACAGAGUACAAAACUAUCCAAGAUUUGACCACAGCCAUGGUCACAUUUCAAAAUCAAAUGACAGAGAGUGAUGUUUACAGAAUCAAAUUGAUUCGAGUUAAAGUACCUCUUCCUAAAAUCAAGUCCAAGUUUGAAGUUAUUGAUGUACCUGGUAUUAAUAGUGGUACAUUGAGUGGAAUAUUCGAAAGAAUGGCUUUGGAAGCUUGUAUACUUUCUGAUAGAAUUUUAUUAUUCCCAAAUAGUUUCAGAUCAGAGAUUCCAACAGAUGUUUUCGAAUUCGUCCGUAAAAUAUUCAGUGACCCAAUCAUUCAAAAGAAUCCAAAAACAUUUAGUUUUUGCCAUGGUGGUAGAAGUUUCCAAGAAGCAGAUGCUCAUAAGGAAUAUCUUGAUUGUCUCCAUGAUUAUAACAUAUCCAAGAUUCAUGUUUCAUUUUGUCAAUUACUUUCUAAUUACUUUGAUUUUAAAUUCGAUGAUAUUCCAAAAGCUCCCAAUGAGAAACCAGUUAAUGAUCAAAUUGUGUUUGUCGAGAAUAAGAAAGUAGUAUUGGAAUUACUAAAGGAUAAUUUUGUUUCCUUUCCAAUUCCACACAACAAGUCAAAAAGCUUGACACAUGAAAUCAAUAUCACUCAACUCUAUUUUGAUAUCAUGCUCAAGAAGGAUAGACUUAUUCUAGUUGGUAGAAUGAUUCAAUCACUACGGGAGCUAGCCCUGUUGUGCAUCCCAAAUUUGCUAUUCAAAUCCAAGUUUCAAACUGCCAAGAGUAAUCAAGAUAACAAUGUAGAAAUUAUGGAUGGAUGUAAUGAGGUUGUACAUGAUAUUGUGAGAAAGAUGCAAAAGGUUUUGAAAAAGCGUGGUGGUUUUAAGAAAUCGAAUGUCAAAUUCCCUACUAAUUUCCUUCUUGACGUCCUGUCAUCUGAAGUUGUUAAGAAUUUCAAGGAGAAAGAACAUACUCUAAUCCAAAACCAAUUAGCUCUCAUGGAAAAGCACAUCAAACUCUUGGGUUCUAUCCAUUUAAUCAAGAGUCAAUCUGGAGAUGCUGAGCAAGAUUUAAAGAACUUUUCCGAACAAGUUCUUCCACUAUUCGAUUUAAAUCACAAAGAUCACAUUACAUUGGCAACUGAAAUGAAAGGUGUUUUGAAUGAUUUAUUUAAGAGUUUCAUUUUGGAACGUAACUUUGAGUAUGAACACAAGUUUGAUAUCAAUUUUUGUGAUGUCAGAAGAGAUGAACACAAUUCAGGUGUUUUAAAACUUCCAAAUAGAAUGUUUUCAAGUGUUGAAGACAUGACAAGUGCCAAGAUAGUUUCAAAUGGUGACAGUUUAACAAAGGCAAACAAGUAUAGAAAUGAUAAAUCUGAAAUGCAAGUCAGAAAAUUGGAGAGUUCUGUACUUCUUCCAGCUUCUUCACAAAAUAUAAUGGAAAUUAAUAUUAGAAAGGACAAAAUUAUUGAGAUUGAAGGUGGUGAUCAAUCAUUUGAUUCAUUUAAGAGCAUGUUGCCUUCAAGUACUUUACUCAAUCAUCAUGCAAAAACUAGAAUUGCUCCAACAUUCUUCCUUUCCUUAGAUGGAACAUGUCCAAACCUUGCAUUUAAUUCAUGUUGGGUAAAUUACACCUCCGAAUCACUUGUCAUUAUUGUUACUCCACAUGAAUAUGUCGAUAACUUUGUUGAUUUGGUUCAACAACACAAUGAGAAUGAUCAACAUAGAGUGAUGAUAUUAAGUGUUUCAGUUGAGAAUGAAUUAUAUUCUGAAGGAUCCUUGAUGAAUGCUGUCUUUGAUUUUUCAUCAUACUUUGAUUUUCCAAUCAUUCAUCUUGUCAAACUGAAUGUCAAAAACAUUUAUGAAUAUGUCAGUCCAUUGAAAGAAUACGUUCACAAUGAAUGGACACCAAUUAGAUAUUUCAGAAGUUCAGAAGCAAUUGUUUACAAUGAAAUUAAUAGUCUUAGUGAUGAUAAGAAGCAAGAAAUUGCCAAAAAGUUUGUAACCUCAGCAAAUGACAUUAUUUAUAAGAAUAGUUUGAGAUCAGAUGAGAGGAUUAAUGAUUUAUCAUCUCAUUACAAUGCGAAGGAAGCACUUGCUGAUGUUGAAGGAUUUGUUGAUUAUCUGAGAUUAAUUGAUUCCAAAGUUAAUGGAAAUUUGGAAAAGAAUUUCAAGCAAAGUUUCUUUUCAAAGAAUAAGGCAAGAGUUGGAUGUUGGGAUGGAUUGACUAGAAAUAUUGAUAGAAAUAAGAUUUAUUCUAGAAAUGGAUAUAAUUACAUGAUUUCUAAUUAUGCGACUGCCAUUGAAACUUAUUUCAUGCAAGCUCUAGACAAGAUUAGACCAGUUUCUGAUAUUAAAUUCACCCAAGAUUUGCCAAAAGAGGGAUAUCAAACCAUAGAGAAUGGUUUUGACAGCAAAAUGAUUAGUUUCAGAACUAAUAUGCUAGCAAAUGGUGUUGGUGGAUUUAUUCAUUUCGGUUUCAAGUACGAUUUGAAUCGUUACGAGAAGAUGAAACAAAAACAACAAACACCAAAAAGAAAGAAAUCAACAAAGAAGAACAAUUUCACAUCCAGAAAGAAGAGAAAAUAA